AUGGCUCAGUUCAACAUCACCCUCAAGAAGGACGCUCCCAAGGAGGAGCUCGAGGCAGCAAAGAAGCACGUCACCGACCAGGGCGGCAAGAUCGUCAACGAGUUCACCCUCAUUAAGGGCUUCACUGCUGAGAUCCCUGACGACGCCGUCUCAACCCUCGAGUCCAACGAGCACGUCACCGUCGAGAAGGACGCCGAGGUCCGUACGCAAUAG